AUGCCUGGUUUCUCAGACUCCUUCUGGACACCCGACUAUGCCACGGGCCUGGGGGUGCUAUACGGGAAGUUGCAGCAGGGUGUGGUUGAGAAUGUGCAGAUCCUGACUAUUGCCGCCAUGCGGGCAGAUGCGGAGGAACAGUAUGGUCUCCGCAUGGACGAAAUUGCACCCAGUGUCGAUCGCAUGUCUGCCGCAGGUUUCGGCAAGGAUGACGGUGCCAGUGUGAAGAAGGCCUACGAAGGUGUUCGCACUGAGAUGAUCGAGGCCGCCCGCAACCACCAGAAGAUCGCCAGCAACAUUCGAGAACUUGUCGUGGCGCCCUUUCGACGCUGGAGCAAUCAGCAUGACUACCGUGUCCAGACCUCCCACGAUAAUCUCCAGUCGCGGAUCAAGGAGCACACCAAGCAGGUUGAGCUGGUCAAGAAGCUGCGCAGCACUUACUUUAACAAGUGCCGAGUGGUAGAGGAUUUGGAAGAGGAGAACAAGCUCGCUUUCCAGGAUCCUGACAACAGCCCCCAAAUCAAGACCCCGCCGAAGAUCGUUCUGCCAACCGCGGAGGAAGCGCCCGAGGAAGAUCCGUAUGAGAUUGGAGAUCGAAUCUAUCCUCCCGAAGAGAUCAAGAGCCUUCUGCUGCACAUGCUGGACAACAUUAGUCUUGGAGAAGUGAAGGUUCCCAUCAUUGGUACCUACCAGAAUACUUCGUCGGGUGCGGAGAUUGUCGAGUAUAUCCAAAACCACAUGGGUGCGACCAUUCUCGCCCAGGCGGAGCGAAUUGGCCAGGAUCUCGUCGACAAUGGGCUCCUCCGCUUGAUCGGAAACAUGGGCAGCACUUUUGCCAACAGCUCAAAGAUGAACUACCAGUGGCGUCCCAAGGUGUUCCAGAUUACUGGAGUCCCUGAGAAGAAGAAACCUAUGAUGCGUGUGACUUCUAUAGCCUCGAGCGAAGAUGGCAGCGGCAACGAGUCGCCCAUCACGUCCGUCCAGGAAAUCCUGGCCGGCUGGAACCCUCUCAACAACCCUUAUCUUAACGAAACCCCUUCAGAAAAGCUGCGCCGCGAGGCCUUUGAGGCCGAUGAGAAAUACAAGGCUGCUGUUCAGAGGCUGGAUCAGAUCAGGUGUCGUCUGGAGGAGGAGGUCAUCGAGAACUUGCGGUUCAUGGAGCAGUGUGAGCUUGACCGCCUCAAGGCCAUCAAGGCCGUGGUCCUCGACUUUUCUGGCGCCAUUAGCAAUGUCAUCCCCAACCUCCAGAGCACCGUCGACCACAUGAUGCUGUACCAAGAGACCAUCCAGCCUCUGGGAGAUCUCCGAUAUCUGCUGGAGAACUACCGCACCGGUGGCUUUGUUCCUCGAGUGCAGGCCUACGAGAACUACUACGGUUCCGUUGAGGAGCAAAACUUUGGCGUCGACCUUGAAGCCCGCGCUCGGGUCGAUCGCAAGCGUGUCCCGAUCGUGGUGACCACCAUCCUGACCUAUUUGGACAACGCUUACCCGGAGCUCGAGGGUGACGAGGCGCGACGUGCGAUUUGGCUCCACAACCCUCCGCUUACCCAAACACAUCAACUGCGAAACGCCUUGAAUAACAGCAAGGUUGAUUACCGUGAAGUCCUCCCCAAAUUUGAGAUACCCAUUGUUGCCAGCGCUUUGAAAUUAUAUCUUCUUGAACUGCCAGACUCUCUUGUUUCUUCGCAAGUCUAUGAAAUCGUCAAAACAAUCUACUCGACCACCGCCCACGAGACCACGGAAGAGGGACGGAUCAAGGUCCUGCAGAGCACUCUGGGACAGCUCCGCCUCGUCAAUAUCGCUACCCUUGAUGCUAUCAUGACCCAUUUCACCCGCCUGAUUGACCUGACCUCGGCUGAAGAACAAUACAUUGCUACUUUGGCCCAGGCUCUGUCCCCCUGUAUUCUCCGUCCCCGUACCGAGAACAGCCUUACCAUGGAUGAGCGCCAUAGCUACCGGUUGAUCCGUGAUCUGUUUGCUCACAAGGAUGCCAUCUUUGGCGAGCUGAAGCGCCAGUCAAGCGUACUGGGCAUUUCCACGUCGAACCGUCCCCGUGCUAUUAGCACAGACGAGAGCAACCGUCGGGCAGCUAUGGAAGCUCGUCAACGUGCCAUUGUCAAUCGAAGCCGCGCUACCAGCCCUGCACCCGGUGUCCGUCACCGCCGUGAUCGCUCUAGCGGUCCGUCCUCAUCCACUCGCUUCCCUAUCAACGUAACUAGCCCGCAAGACCGCUCCCGGACUGCCACUCGCGGUAGUGCCAGCCUGGAUGUUCCCCCAACGAGCGACUCGCCUACCACAGCUGAGCAUCCUCCCACGGUAAACACCCAUGCUGCUGAAGAGGCCACCAAUGGCACCUCCACCGAGUCCCCGGCCUCUGCCGCUCCCAGUGUCUCUUCUGAGGAGACUGCCUCGGAUGGUUCUCCAACUCCCACUCCCACCCCAGUUCCCACAUCCAGUGAGUUCGACAAGCGCAGCUCCGUUCCCCGGUCCGUUGGUUCUCGAUACAACCGCAAGCCCGGUCUUGGCAGCAUCUCGAGCUUCCCCUCCGGUGCGGGUGCCUCCGAGUCGGACAGUAAACGAAACAGUUUCGCUGAGAGCGAGCCCAAAGGUGUGACUCUGGAGGAUAGGCCUAUGGAUGACUGA